GUUCAAAGAAGACAAGCCACAAGCUGAGAAAACCAUGCUGAGACGCUUUAAUAUAUCAUUUAACUCCUUUUCCACUUUUGUUGUUUUUUUCUGAUUGAUAAUACAGAGUCUGUGCAAGGCCUUCCUGUGUGAAUGCUGGAGGACGAUGAAUUCUACAUCUGCUGCUUUUAACUCCACCACAGUUGAGCCAAAUGACUGCUAUCCUGAGUUUAAUCUGAACAGCUACUUCUUCGUUAUCCAUUUGAUCAUCAUCCUGAUAGGAAUUCCUUGCAAUGCGUUCUCUCUGUUCGUGUCCUAUCAGCGUAUCAAACAGAAAAACGAGCUGGGGGUCUACCUGUUUAACCUGGCUCUCUCAGACUUUUGCUUCAUUGCUGGUUUGCCUGUAUGGAUGGACUUUGAACUCAAAGAUUCCUGGCACCAUGGCAAAACAUUAUGUACUGUGUGCAUCUUCUUCAUCUUCACUAAUUUCUAUAGUAGUGCUCUGCUGCUGAGCUGCAUUUCUCUUGACCGCUACUUUGCAGUGGUUCAUCCACUCAGCUUCACCUUCCUUCGCAAACCCAGCACUGCAGCUACAGUCAGUGUUGCAGUAUGGACCUUUACUCUCAUGUUCAAUGCCAUCACCAUUGACCCAGAUAAGAUUUAUGAUGACACCUACAGGGUCUGCUUGGAUGUUUUCCCACUUUCCUCAACACAAAAGAAGGUAUACGUAGUCCGUUUCUUUGCGGGCUUCCUUCUGCCUGCUGUGGUGGUGGUGUUUUGUUACUGGAGGAUCUGCAGGGAGGUUUGUACAAACCAGGCCACAGGACUUUCUGAGCGCAGACGGGUCUUUAGGCUGCUGGGCAGUGUGCUGCUGAGCCUCUGCCUCUGCUUCGGCCCCGUCCACAUCGCCAUGGUGCUAAGGGCAGGACUGGAGAACCUGCAGACCUGUGCGCCACCUGCUUGGCUCUACUUCCUUUAUAAAGCCGGAGUGGCUCUUGCCAUGUUUAACUGCCUGGCUGAUCCACUCCUGUACUGCUUCAUCACCAGGAGAGGACGCACAAGCGUCACCCAGGCCAUUCUGUUCUGUAAGAGUAAAGAACAUUUUAAACAAAGAUCCACUGAUAUUUAGGUUUUAGCAAUGGUUUGGCUAAAAAUCUAAUUUUGUUGAUCAGCCAAGAUUUGUUUAAGUUUGCUUCUUUGGUUUUGCACUGUAUUUACUAGAAGAAAUGGUAGCUUAACAUUGAUAUCAUUGUGCAAACUGCAUGUCUACAUCAUCACUCAGUCAAAAUGUUAAGGAAUCUCAAGUAGACCAAGUUACAUGAUUUCCAACACUGUAUGGCAUGGUCUUCUGAAUAAAGAUCUACAGUUGUGCAGUCAAACUUCAAGCUUAAAGAUGGUUGGUACUGUUCUUAGCUAUGUAAGGGACCCACAUGCAGUUUACACAUGCAGUUUGCACAAUGCUAACAGGAAGCUAUAAGCUUCCCCAAGCAUUGAGCCUUGUAGGCCCUGUAGGGGUCUACUCAUGACUAGACAAAGGGCUCAUGUGCAGGGCCCAUGACAAUUUGUUCAUUGGCAAAUGGUUGAUCUCCAAGUGUUGGCUCUGUGAACGGCACAUACUCAGCCCUAACCAAGCCUAAGCUGGCCCAAGUUCACAUGCCCACCCUCAGUCCACAGCAGGCCAGUGAGGCAGCAUAUGUGGACUAUUACAUUAGCCUUGAAAAAAUGAAGAAGCAAACUUCAGACAGCAUGUCUUGGCUGAUGUACUGCAUUUGAGGUAGAGGUUAUACUUUUGUUUAUGUAUGUACAGUGAAUUGCUAUUUUGCAGAAAGUACUUUUUAUGUUUUGAAGAACAGAAAUGCUAUAAAUAUAUUUCUUGGUGAGAAACAAGAAUUAGAGUAUCCUA